AAUCAUAUGUUAGCGUUCAUUGCCAAUUUACUGGACUGCGCCUUUUCCAAUGCAAAACGCAGCUAUAGAAACUAAGCAGACUCUCAGGAGGAUAAAGACCGAAAGGGGGAAGGGUUAAAGACUAGGUAAAGGUGGUUGCCUCUGUUGCUGCUAAACGUGAAUUCAAGAUGAAUUUGACUCACGGAAAUCCCUCUUACCAAUUGAAAUAUACAGACAGAUGUCCAAACCUACCGACGGCCGGAAAACUAAUACCUGUAGGAGAGGGGGCUAAGACCUGCUUACAAGAAGUGGCAAGGCCCUCCACCCCACCGGUGGUGAGGAAAUUCCGCAACAGCAUCCAACCAGAACCAGGAGCUAUCAGAGUGCACCGAGGCAAGGCAAACGAUCCAGAUGUUGCCAGCAGUCUUGUUCAUGGCAUCAGCAACAAAUCAUCCCUCACUGGCAGAAGCUUGCUGAAUCCUUCUCAAAAGACCUUGUUCCAAAAUAAGUUACAAGAGCUCAGUGAAGCAGGGUACACCUCCAGUCAAAAAGCACCCCUGGGCAGAUCACGUGAUCAGCACUUAGGACUUCCUGCGUGGUAUAAUGACAAAACUACGUUUGGUAUUAAAACAGUUAAAGGGUUGGACAUGCGGGAGAUUAUUAACCCUUCAAAAACAGCUGAGGAGGUGGAGAGGGAAGCUGAGGAAGGACACGAGGCUUAUAUUCGUAGCCACAAUGCCUAUUUUGUUGGGGAGCGCAUUGAUAGGAAGUACGAUUGGAAUCACUACAGUAAAGACAGCAGGUUUGGGAUAGUCACACCUCAUUUUAAUGAUGGCCGUAAUCUUGGAAAAACUCUCCACUGGCUUGGGGAGGCACAGAACCAUAGGUUUUACAAUCCAAAGACUGUUUGGAAGAGAUCUGGGAACAGGGAAAAGAUGGAGCCACAAUCUGCCAAAGUGAACAAGAUGAGAAGAAAUUUGUUGAAUGUUCCACCAGAUCACACCUUUGGAAUGCUCUUGCCGGUGGAUGAAUUUGGUGUUGGAGAUAUAAUCCACUCCACAGAGCCAGGGCAGAAUGUGAGAGGUCGAGACCGACAGCGCAGCCUGGUCAAUGCAGUGCAACACCAACUCAAGAAGAUCAAUUUCCAUAACUUCCCCUCCCUGCUGCGGGCGUUCAGACAUUAUGACAAGAAAGGCAAGGGAAUGAUUGACAAAGAGGACCUGCAGGCAGUGUGCCGUCAGUUCCGGCUGGAUGUUAGCGAACCUGUCCUGGAUGACCUGAUGGAUUACUGUGACACGGACAAAGACGGACUAAUAAACUUCCUGGAGUUUGCUAACUUCCUUAACUGGAAGGACAAGAUGCUCAUAAACGCUGAGGAGCAAGGCAUCAUAACAAAUGAAUCAGAGCAGCUCCCUGUCUCUCAGACCUUGAUUAAACCUGAGGACCUGGAGCCUGUAGAGCCAGGCAGCUCACAGAAGACUCUCAGGACCCUGAGGCGACCCAGGGCAGUCCCAGACCACUUCACCACCUCCUCCUCCCUCAUUGGGGCUAUGAGUGAUGAUCUGCUCACAUCGAACAGUCGCACAUUCGGGAUCCCGUCUGUGCGCUCCGACCUUCCAGCUCCAGUUAUCAAGAGAGUCAGUGACACCACUAACUACGGUGAUACAUCCACGGCCGCAGAUCUUCUGCAUCCAUCAGUUCAUGCCCUCUGGGGUGUUCACGAGCAACACUUGUUCUGUCCUCGCACCAAGAAAGAGAUUGCAGAGAUCUUCAGGAAUGUGGGUGUGAAAAUUUCUGAGGAGACCUUUGAGGAGGCCUGGAAGCUGGCAUCCAUGAAGCAACCGGAAGGGGAGGUUUGUGUCGAGGUUUUCCGUAACGUACUCAAGGAAAUAAAAGCAGUGUAAUACUGAAGAUGCUUUUUACUAGUGCAGUGUUUCCCCAUCACCAUCAAUAUUUCUGUCGAAAUAUGUAUCUCCGCUGUCCAGUGAGUACAGUGAGCUCCGAAAUGUUUUAGUAUGAUGAGGGUGCAUUUUUUAGACAUAACGAAGAAGAAUUUGGACUUUGGCAGCCCAAAAUAUCUGACAGAAACAUUCAUCUGAAGUGCAUGGUUGUUGUGGUGUUAAAACAUUUUCACAUGACAACCAUAACCAAAAAUCUGUACCACUCUCAGUAACCUGUCAGUUAGUUUUUAAAGAGCAAAAAAAAAGGCGUUCCUAAUGCAUAUCAUAAUCUUUCUGCAUUUUCUUUUUCUUUACUAUUGGGAAACUUAUUUUGAUGCAUC